UUCUAUAUAUAGAUAUAAGAAUAAUUCAUUUUAAGUGAUCAACAUAAUAACUUUGCUGAAAACCAAAGCAAAGCUAUAGAGAGAGAUGGAGAGCAUAGAGCAUAAAAUUAUAGAGGUAAAUGGCAUAAAAAUGCAUGUAGCCCAGAAGGGACAAGGCCCAACAAUCUUAUUCCUUCACGGCUUCCCGGAGCUAUGGUACACGUGGCGCCACCAGAUACUCACACUGGCUUCCCUGGGCUACCGAGCUGUGGCCCCGGACCUCCGCGGCUACGGGGACACCGAUGCACCGCCUUCGGUGGGUAGCUACACGUGCAUGGAUGUGGUUGGAGAUGUGAUUGGGCUGUUGGAUGCUAUAGCUGCUGAGGAAGAGAAAGUGUUUGUGGUGGGACAUGACUGGGGUGCUCUCAUUGCUUGGUACCUUUGCUUGUUCAGACCAGAUCGUGUUAAGGCUUUGGUGAACCUGAGUGUGGUUUUUAACCCUAGGAACCCUAAAAGGAAGCCUUAUGAGACUUUGAGAGCCGUCUAUGGUGAUGACUACUACGUUUGUAGAUUUCAGGAAAUUGGAGAAAUAGAAGGUGAGUUUGCCCACAUAGGAACACAACAAGUGUUAAGGGAAUUCUUUACAUAUAGAAAUCCUGGCCCACUUAUGCUGCCAAAAGGAAAAGGGUUUCCACACUCAAAAGAUAGCCCAACUCCAGCUAACUUGCCUUCUUGGUUAACUCAACAAGACCUUGAUUACUACACAACUAAAUUCCACAACAAAGGCUUCACUGGUGGAAUCAACUAUUACCGAAACAUAAACAGAAACUGGGAAUUGACAGCACCAUGGAGUGGAGAUAAAGUAAAAGUAGCAGUGAAGUUUAUUGUAGGGGAUGUAGACCUUACAUACAAUUCAUUGGGAGCCAAAGAUUACAUACACAAAGGUGGAUUCAAAAAAGAUGUUCCUCUUCUUGAAGAGGUCAUUGUCAUGGAAGGUGUUGGACACUUCAUCAAUGAAGAAAGACCUACUGAGAUCAGCAACCACAUUUAUCAUUUCUUUAAAAAGUUUUAGCUAAUUAUUAAUACUAAUCACCAUCAUUCCUUAUUAUCAUCACGUACUAUUAGUAAUUAUAUUAUACAAAUGCAUCCUCUAUUAUAAAAUAAGCAUUAUCUCUACUUUUUAUUUGUUUAUACUUAAUGUCUAUUUAUGAUUUAGUUUCUGUUUUAUUAAUAUAUACAUACAUAUGCCUUACAUGUAAUAGUUUUCUAUUAAUUAAUAAGACCAUCUCUUAGUAUUGUGCUUC